CUCCCCCUGUCUGCUAUGGGGGGCUCCUCCUCUAAGAAGACUGUAUUUGGGGGGAGAAAGAAGAAAAAGGACUCAGUGUUGACCUGGAGUGAACUGAAGGGAGCACUAUCCAGUAAGAAACAGAAGAGAAGCAUCAUUAUUCCUACUCCGGACAAACUGUCAGUGGAUAAUCUGAAGAGGAAGGUCCUCACUCGCAAUAAUACGUUUUCAGUGGCCGGGAAGAGGAAGGAGUCGCUGUCAAUCAAGAGGCUGUCAUUGGGUAACUCUAGGAAGGAGUCUGUGUCACCGAAGAGUCUUUCUCUGGGUAAGAGGAAGAAAGGAGAACAGAAUAUAUUCUCUCUGCUUAACACCAAGAAGGAAUCACCUCCACCAACCAAAGAUAUAUCCUCUCUGCUUAACACCAAGAAGAAAUCACCUCCACCAACCAAAAAGAUAUUCUCUCUGCUUAACACCAAGAAGGAAUCACCUCCACCAACCAAAAAGAUAUUCUCUCUGCUUAACACCAAGAAGGAAUCACCUCCACCAACCAAAAAGAUAUUCUCUCUGCUUAACACCAAGAAGGAAUCACCUCCACCAACCAAAAAGAUAUUCUCUCUGCUUAACACCAAGAAGGAAUCACCUCCACCAACCAAAAAUAUAUCCUCUCUGCUUAACACCAAGAAGGAAUCACCUCCACCAACCAAAAAGAUAUUCUCUCUGCUUAACACCAAGAAGGAAUCACCUCCACCAACCAAAAAGACAUUCUCUCUGCUUAACACCAAGAAGGAAUCACCUCCACCAACCAAAAAGAUAUUCUCUCUGCUUAACACCAAGAAGGAAUCACCUCCACCAACCAAAAAGAUAUUCUCUCUGCUUAACACCAAGAAGGAAUCACCUCCACCAACCAAAAAUACAUUCUCUCUGCUUAACACCAAGAAGGAAUCACCUCCACCAACCAAAAAGACAUUCUCUCUGCUUAACACCAAGAAGGAAUCACCUCCACCAACCAAAAAGAUAUUCUCUCUGCUUAACACCAAGAAGGAAUCACCUCCCAAAGAGAGAUUAUCUCUGGCAAAUGUUAACCCCUUACUUUAAACCUGACCUCGGCCCUGGACAGAGAGACGGAUGGAUGGACAGGCAGUCUGACAGACAAGCAGACAGGACAGACAGAGAAAAUCAGAUGGACAGACAGGUGGACAGACAGGUGGACACAGACAGACAGAUGGACAGACAGAGAAAUCGGUGGACAGACAGAGAGACCGGUGGACAGACAGAGAGAGACCGGUGGACGGACAGACAGAGAGAGACAGGUGGACAGACAGAGACAGGUGGACAGACAGACAGAGAGACCGGUGGACAGACAGAGACCGGUGGACAGACAGAGACAGGUGGACAGACAGAGAGACAGGUGGACAGACAGAUGGACACAGAGAGUGUUCAGCUUGUAGUUUGUGUCCUUGUUCUUGUUCCUGGCAGCAUCAUAAAGACAGACAUGAUCAAGCGAUGGCCGCACCCAGCGGCACGAUGCCGCCAGGCAUAACCAAGCGAUCAGGCAGACAGACACAGAUUAGGAAUGUUUUCAUUUUUCUGGCUCCAUUUUCAGAGAUUUUUUGGUACAAAAAUAAGACUAAAAAACACUAAACAGAUUUUUAAAUGACAGAAAAAGAACAGUUUCUCAAAAAUGUAGUCUUUUAAUUUUGGGGGGAAAUUAUUUUUAUGGUGAAAAAUGUUUUCAUAUGUGCUUAUGAAAAUAAUGCAUAUUAACAGGGAUAUCUAAAUAUUUUGAAUAUUCAUAACCAGCAUUUCCCUUUUAUAGUUUCUCAGGUGUGAACAUUUUCCCUUUUCAGAUGGUGAGAGUUGGGGUACGUCCCAAUAACCUCUCCUUUC